CGAGGCAAGCGCGCGGCGCGCCGAGGGCCCGCGUCCCGGAAGCGGGGUGGGAGCGCUUCCCCGAGUCCCGACCCGCCCCUAGGCCGCGGAUCCACCUGGGAGCGGCCAGGGGCGGAGACCAAACCCCAGGGCGCCGAGGGUAGGAUUGGACUGGGCUUGGGCGUGAGAUGGCGGCGGCAGCGGUGAGCAGCGCCAAGCGGAGCCUGCGAGGAGAGCUGAAGCAGCGUCUGCGGGCGAUGAGCGCCGAGGAGAGGCUACGUCAGUCCCGCGUACUGACCCAGAAGGUGCGAGGCCGCCUGUAGCGGAAGCCGCGGCAGACAGACUCUCUGAACGCCUGGCGGCCAGCGAUUGCUGAUCAGUGCAUGGUGAUUGCCCACAGUGAGUAUCAAAAGUCCAAAAGAAUUUCCAUCUUUCUGAGCAUGCAAGAUGAAAUUGAGACAGAAGAGAUUAUCAAGGACAUUUUCCAACGAGGCAAAGUCUGUUUCAUCCCUCGGUAUCAGUUCCAGAGCAAUCACAUGGAUAUGGUGAGACUAGAAUCACCAGAGGAAAUUUCUUUACUUCCCAAAACAUCCUGGAAUAUCCCUCAGCCUGGUGAGGGUGAUGUUCGGGAGGAGGCCUUGUCCACAGGGGGACUUGAUCUCAUCUUCAUGCCAGGCCUUGGGUUUGACAAACAUGGCAACCGACUGGGGAGGGGCAAGGGCUACUAUGAUACCUACUUGAAGCGCUGUUUGCAGCAUCAGGAAGUGAAGCCCUACACCCUAGCGCUGGCUUUCAAAGAACAGAUUUGCCUCCAGGUCCCAGUGAAUGAAAACGACAUGAAGGUAGAUGAAGUCCUUUACGAAGACUCAUCAGCAUCUUAAAUCUGGAUUACUACAGCCGAAUAAUCAGUGUUUUAUAUGAGAGUAAAGCAAAGUAUGUGUAUUUUUCCCAUGUCAAAAAUUAGUUGAAAUUGUACAACUAAUUUUUGUGAAUACAGACUGCAUUUUAAAAUUGUAAUUAUAAAAUACCUUAUAUAAAACUAUCUUUAAAAACCAAUAGAAGUGUGACUAGUAGAAUAUUAAUUGAAAUGGAGGCUAUCAGCCUAUGAUUUUCAGCUUAA